AUGUACGAUUCCAGCACUUUAGUAAGUCGCGGUGGUGGCAGCAACAACGUAAGCUCUAACGUCGAUGCAAUGGAGGCUGGUCGACCUGUGCGUUCACCCACCACCUCACGUCGCUCGAGUCGCACAUGGACGUAUGCGAUGGCCUUUUUCCUAGUGAUCGUCAUCAUGUACGCCGUCACGCCGUCACCGGUACAAGUGCAGCAACGUCCAGCCAAGAAACUCGACGUGGAACCACAGCGAAUUAUCAUUCAUGACGAUCUACCAACCGUGGACAUAGCGACCCACAAACCAUCGUCAAGUCAGCAGGGUACCAAGUUCGACUCGAGUGUCAAGCGUGACAAGGGCAUCAUCAUGUGUAUGCACAACGAUGCAGUCCCCAUGGGUCUGUCACUCGUGCGCGAGUUGCGCUGUCUUGGCAACCAGGAACUCGUUCAGAUCUACCACUGCUUUCCACAAGAGAUGUCGGACGAGAACCGCGCACUGCUACUAGACGCUGACACCCGUUUAGAGAUCAUCGAUGUGUGCACCGACCUUGUGGAGAGGAAGGUGCUGACGCAGAAAGUAGCGGAGGAAUUCCGUAGCUGGUGGGUCAAGCCACUGGCCAUGUAUCAUACCGACAUUACCGAAGUGAUGCUGCUAGACAUCGACGAUGUGUUCAUGCACGACCCGGCAGUGCUACGUACGACAGAGGGCUACAAUAAGACAGGCACAACGUUUUUCUAUGACCGCGUGCUGUUUAGCCGCGAAUUCUUUAACCAAGACGUGAACGGUACCUCUUACCUCAAGCGAAUGCUAAACGACUUCGACUACGCAAAGUACGGACUCGGAUCUGGAGCUCAGCCAUCGAAAGGGCUCAAGAGAUCGUAUGCGUAUCGAGGCAUGUCAUCUCACGAGCAAGACUCGUCACUCGUCGUAAUUGACAAGUCUCGCUCUGGUCAAGCCAUGCCGAUCAUGCUCUGGCUUAUCACAGAGGAGCGAUUCCGGCGGGAGUUCUCCUACGGUGACAAGGAGACUUUUUGGAUUGCGUAUGAACUGGCUAGACAAGAGUAUUUCUUCUCUCCAUGGGGCGUUGGCGGUAUCUCAUCGUCUACAAAUAACGAUCUGGAGAACCACAGCGACACACUGUGCGGUAGUAUCGUGCAGUAUGUACCCGUGGAGAACCAGCCGUCCAAGUUUCUGUAUGUGAACGGUAAGGCGAUGCUGAAUCCGUUCCCCGUGACGAUGGACAAACUGGGGUCUGCCACACACAACGUGCUAUUCAACACCAACCCGACGCACAUUACGCCCCGCCAACGACGCAAGCCGAACGGGCGGACACGCUCGGGCUGGAAAGGCGGCUACGCCAUGGAAUGCCUCGUGGGGUUCGGCGCCGAGCCGCUACCAGACAAGUUUGCAUCCCAGUUGUUGCGACGACGCAUGUUUUACUUCGGCAUCCGCAUGGGCGUGCUGUCUGCCCUCGACCAAUGCUUCCCGUUCGAGGGCAUGCUUUAAACUCUUAACUAGUGACUUGGUGGGUACUUAGAGAUUACAACGUGCUCGCACACGCAAUAAUAAAGUUCAUGAUGAACCAGCA